AUGCUGUACCGCUGCUUUGAAUCCAGCGAAGAAGUCCUCAAGACCUUAACGCAGCCAGAAGAACCCAAUGCACUAGACCGACGAAAUGCCGCCAAGGGCGCAACGGCAUCAAGGCCCCGGGCCCUGAGCCGCGUGCACGAGAGCGAACCGGAAAAGCAAGUGGGAUGGAAAAAAAUUCUGGGGAAACCCAAAGCACAACACUAUCUGGAACAAGACCAGUCGCCGCUGGCUCGACUGCCCGUCGAAGUGCGAUCGCGGAUCUGGGCCUAUUACUUCGGUCGGGAACAAUUCCAUAUUGUCCGAGUCGAGCGACGGUCAUUGGUGAAAACAACCUCGAAGCUGGUUGGCAUCCGAUGCUCCCAAUCGCGGGAGACGAAGGGCGAGUCGUCUUGCAAUCACGCCUGUGAAUCGAUUGCGGAAACCGUGGAUUUGGUGCCAUUACUUCGGACCUGCCGAAUGAUAUACUCGGAGGCCGUCAAUAUCAUGUACCAGCGCCAUGUGUUCAUUUUCGAUAACGUAGAUCGUAUUCUCGAUUUCGCCUCCGCCAUCAUACCGCGCCGCCUCGCUCAGAUCCGUGCGGUUCAUUUCACCUACGUGUUCCCCUUCAACCCCAAAGGGUAUCUUGGUGACCUCGAAGCCGACUGGCGCCGCUAUUGCUCUGCGUGUAAUGCGCUCGCCGAUAUGGCCUCUUUAGAGGAACUGAUCAUUCACAUCCAUCCACAAAACGGGCUGCGUGCGUACGUGACCCCUUACCUAGUCCAACCCCUGCGCAAAAUUGUCCGUCCUUCCAACUUCAUUGUGCACGUGUUUGCGAAGGGACACCUCAACCAGUCCGAAUCGGUCGAUCGAGCGAAGAAUGGCAUGUCGAGCUAUAGCGGCUAUAGUGGCUUCAGUGGCAGCUCGAACUCGAGUGGGUCAUCGGUGACCUUAAUUGACCCCACUGGCAGCUCGCCGCCAUUCAAGCUCGUCCUUCGAAGGGACAAGGACAGUUGCGGGCCCCGGCGCUUGAUCGGAUCGAAGGUGCAUUGA